GGUGGAGCGAAAGUAAGAAUUCGGAUCGCUUUCAAAUUAAGAUAGGGGGUCAGGUAGGGGGUAUUUGUAUCCGUUGUAACACCCUUUACCGUACGUGAUGCUUAAUUUGCCAAGACUUGUCGUACUCAGGCAAAGGUGAAUAUACUGUCUUCAUUUGUUGAAAGUUGUUUUAAAAAAGCGCAAUAUUUAGGGCACGUUUCGACAUUUUUCAACAUCGAGUCCCCUUUUCCUACCUCGAGCUUUAAACACUGUUUACCUUUCAGUAAACCCAUCGUGUUAAAUGAUAUUUACAUACGAUUCACUUCAUAUUAAUUUCAUACCCUCCGUUAGAUAUUUGACCAUGUACUUAGAAAUUCAGAUGUGAUUUUAAGUCAACUUUGCAAAUACAAACAAAAUCAUGGCAGCCAAGAUUCUUUAUUCUGAAAUAUUGACUUAGCUUAAAUUGCUUAGAGAACCAUCGAUCGAGAGAAAAAAAGAAGAGAGCAAAAAAAUAAUAAUAUUGAAAUCGCCACGAGGAAAGGCAGGCAUACACAGACUUUCGUGUAACGACGUGAUAUGAUAAUGAUAAUGGAGAAUUAUCUUGCUUGGGCACGGGAAGAGGAUUCUAACGAUUGCUGGGGAGGAGUGUAGCAGUGGCUAACAGGAAUAAAGUCACACAAUCUGAACAGCUUAUAUGGAAGUUGACUGACGGGUCUAAAUUCGACAUCUACACAGGUAUGACAAUUACCGUGAAUCCCUCAUCCAGGUAGAUGGAUAUUUUGGAAUCGAAAGGUUACUUAGCAACGUUUUAGCAUGUUUCACAGCAUCUCUUCAAGUUGCUACUUGAUCUAGCCUAAGAACCAAUCAGAUAUCUUGUUGUAUCUGAAAACGAAGAAAUCUCAUCAUGCCUUUACCAAACAAUACUAGCAGUUCGAGCAGCAAAAGCGGAUCGCUGCUAAGUCGUGUAGGAGUUAAUAAGCUACCAGGAGGGUCGAAGGGACCGGCUCCCUUACCUCUCUCUAGUCCCCCUACCGGGAACAAAAUGGGAAACGGGGCCAGUGCUUCCAGUAUCAAUGUAGACGGAGAAAAUAUAGAUAUCAUCAAACUUAAAACGCUGGUACCCGAACUUAAGAAAGAACUCAAAAUCCGAGAUGCCAAAUUACAACGCUACGAAGUGGAACUUCACGAAAAAUCAAAACUGUUGGACGAAAAGUCCUUGGAAAUUACCAAACUUCGAGCUGAAGUGGAUAAACUGCAAUCUGUGCUACAUAUAAAGGUUCAUAAAAAUGCAGGUGCCGGAGGAAAAUUCGACUUUUUGGCCACCAUUCAGGAGGACUCUCAAAUGGCCGGUUCUCAGCAUGAAUUACGGACCAAAAAACAGGGUGUGUCUGCCGAAAGCCCCAUGGCCCAGCAAAACGGGGUGAUGGUGGAAAUUAAACACAUAGAAAAAGAUUUCAGGUCAAAACAGCUGAUAAAGGAUGCAAUUUUAGGCAACGACUUCUUAAAAAAUCUGGACUCCACACAGGUCCGAGAGAUCGUGGACUGUAUGUAUGAAAAACGAAUAAAACAGGGCAACUACAUCAUCAGGGAGGGAGAGGCUGGGCAACACGUAUACGUCUCCGCAGAGGGAGAAUUUGAAGUGCUGAAGAACAACAAAGUUCUUGGUAAAAUGACGGGUGGAAAGGCGUUUGGAGAACUGGCUAUUUUGUACAACUGUACACGGACAGCCUCUGUAAAAGCUAUCGGCGAUGUUUGUGUCUGGGUACUGGACCGCCGCGUCUUCCAAACCAUCAUGAUGAAAACUGGACUCCAGCGGCAGGAGGAAAACAUCCGCUUCCUCAGAAGUGUACCAUUGUUAAAGAACCUGCCUACGGAAAAACUCGCAAGAAUAGCUGAUUGUCUUGAAGUGGACUUUUUCCCAGAAAAUGAUUACAUAAUUCGAGAAGGGGAGACCGGAGACACUUUCUUCAUCAUUAACAAAGGCGAGGUCAAGGUUACCCAGAAAGUCACAGGAGUGGAGAAUCCCGUCGAGAUCAGACGACUAACAAGGGGAGACUAUUUCGGGGAAAAAUCGCUUCUUAGUGAGGACAGACGAACUGCUAAUGUGAUAGGGCUACCGCCAGGUGUGGAGUGUCUUACUGUUGACAGGGACCAUUUCAACGCACUUAUUGGUGACCUGAACGAACUGCGUGAAAAAGAUUAUGGCGACGAAGCCAGAGGAGCCCAACGAACAAGCGGUAGUAACGGAUCUGAUGUCCUGUUGUCUCCGGUCCGGGACAAGCCGGAUAAAGAAUUCCUAAACGUUCAGCUCAAAGACCUCGAAGUCAUUGCCACUCUGGGUAUGGGAGGAUUUGGCCGAGUAGAACUCACUCAACUUUCACAAUCACGAUCGAGAACAUAUGCAUUAAAGUGCCUUAAGAAGAAACACAUAGUGGACACUCAACAGCAAGAACAUAUAUACUCUGAGAAGAAAAUCAUGAUGGAAUCUCGAUCUCAAUUUAUAGCAAGAUUAUACAAAACAUUUAAGGAUAAGAAGUAUGUGUAUAUGCUGAUGGAGGCCUGUCUGGGCGGGGAACUUUGGACCAUUCUCAGGGAUAGGGGAAGUUUUGAUGACAUGACGGCCAGAUUUUGCGUAGCGUGUGUAUUAGAGGCGUUCAAGUACCUGCAUGACCGAGGAAUUAUUUACAGAGAUCUCAAACCAGAGAACUUACUUCUGGACCAGUCUGGAUAUGUCAAGCUUGUCGACUUUGGCUUUGCGAAAAAGGUUGGACAUGGUAGGAAGACGUGGACAUUCUGUGGUACACCGGAAUACGUGGCUCCCGAGAUCAUUCUCAACAAAGGUCACGACCGGGCAGCCGACUACUGGUCACUGGGAAUUCUCAUGUUUGAGCUCUUGACCGGCAGCCCACCGUUCUCUGGGUCCGAUCCCAUGAAAACAUACAACAUUAUCCUAAAGGGUAUAGACGUCAUAGAAUUCCCACGGCGGAUCGGUAAGAACGCAGCUUCACUCAUCAAGAAGUUGUGUAGGGAUAAUCCGGCGGAAAGACUGGGAUACGGCAAAAACGGAAUAAUCGAUAUCAGAAAAAACAAGUGGUUUCAGGGAUUUGACUGGGACGGUCUGUUACAAAGGAAACUGAUCCCGCCCAUUAUUCCACAAGUGAAAGGACCAAAUGAUUAUAGCAAUUUCGACAGUUAUCCAAAGAGCUCCGAGGUUCCUCCAGACGAAACUUCUGGGUGGGAUUUCGACUUUUGAUGUCAACUCAGAAUGUACAUGAAAUGCAUAAUUGUGUUCGAAAAAAUCAUCGCUAGUUCUCCCACGAACUACGAGGACUGGAUGACGUCAUCUCCAGCAGUGUCAAUGAAAAAUAGAAAAUACUGAUGACAAAAUUUUUCUACGAAAUCGUUUCAUAUCUGUUGUGUUGUACAGUAUUCGCAAAUCAGAUAUUGUUGGAUCGAAGUGGUGCUAUAUUGCUGACGUCAUCUGACUUUGUGCUAAAACAGAUGACAUUCAAGAAUUGAAGAUAAAUCAUUGUUAUGAAUAUCAAGUGUUUCUGUGAUAUCACCGUUGUGGAUGUGAAGAUCAUGUCUGUCAUCAACUCAUUUGUUCUAUUUUGUGAAAAUACUCCAAAGCAUAUAUAACGGUAAAACGAAGGAAAAUCGGAUCAUCCUACCAAUUCUUAUAUUUCUUUCUUUUUUCGUACUGUCCUUUUAAUUUAUCUUGAUAACGAUCAUAUAUCUCUUACUAUAUCUUAUUUUAACAAUGCUCUAGACUUGUGGAUUUUUAAAAAAAAAUAUAAACAACUUUGUCUUUUCGGUAUAUUAGAAUAUCUUUUUGUCAGCUGCUCGUUGAUGUGGGGAAAAACCUGCUCAAAUCUGUUAAAUCAAAUAUGUCAUUGAUAUGUGGACUCCUUGUAUCUGUCUUCCAUUUUACAUAGAUUUACUAUUGGUUAAAAAUAGAAUCAAACUGGUCGCAUUCCGGAACCGUGUAUUGUGCGGCUCCACUGUAGCUUUGUUUAUCAUUGUGAUGUAUAUAUUCGGAGUAUUUUAUAAUAAAAACAAUAAAAGGUGAAGAGUU